AUGGGCAUAAGAAAGAGUGUCGGCGUUGACUACUUUCUGAUCGUAGCGUGCUGGUGGUGUAUUGGUGGAUGGGUUUGUACGUACCACCAAACACUCGCCUGGCAAGUCGUCCGCUACCGCGCGCGAGUCGCCUACGACGGGACCAGCUUUCAAGGAUUUCAAAUACAGGGCUCCAACAAGGUGGUAGACGACAAAAAUUGUAACGGUAUCACUCACCAGAAUCGUAAGGACAAGCAACAACGCACGGUGCAAGGCGAACUGGAAACUGUCUUGUCCACUCGAUGGAAUCAGCCGGUGCGCGUGGUGGCAGCGGGUCGGACCGAUGCCGGAGUGCACGCACGGGGACAAGCCAUUCAUUUCGACGUCAACGUGUCGGAAACUCCGACCGAUCACGCUUCGCUGGAGCGCUCCCUGGCUCGCAUGCUCCCGACCGACGUGACGUUAUGGAAUUUGCAAUUCGCCCCAUCAGCCCGUACCAAACUCGUAGACGGCCAGGAGCGUGUCUUGCCGUGGAACGUCAUGUACGACAACACGCACAAGUUGUAUAGCUAUCGGCUUUCUACGGCAGCCGUGAUGGAUCCGCUGUCCCGGCAGCACCGGUGGCAUCCGGAUAAUGUCGACGCCUACGUGGUCGGGAAGGCCGGCUUGGCACAGCUCACGCGGCUGCUCAAACACUACGAAGGCACGCACGAUUUCCGAGCGUUUGCGAGUGCUAUGGAACAACUCGAAAAACACAGUGAUGGUCCCAUUGACACCGUUCGGACGGUGUACAGUGUCAACGUCGUCCCGGAAGCGAACGAAGGUGACGUUCGAAUCGAUUUUGUCCUCAAGGGUGCGCUGUACAAACAGGUCCGAAACAUGGUGGGUACCGUUUUAGAAACGUGCCGAGGAGAAAUCAUGAAGGAAAGUGACAUGCUUCGGCUCUUACAGGAUGCAACGGCGAGUGGACUGUCACGGGCCGACAACCCGAGCAAACCAGCUCCACCACAGGGACUGACCUUGGAGAAUGUGUAUUUCGGGGAUGACGAAGAUUGCGAAUUUUGAAAAUGCACGAGGACCAGACAUCCGGGCUGCGCCUUGUUAAUUGAAUCUGGUUUUUGGUUGCCAGCACGUGUCGACAGGAAUGCAUCCGUGGGCGCGUGUCGGAGCGACCCCUUGGGCACUGCGGUACCACGAAAUCGACCGUCUGUGUUCGACUGUAGGAAUGGACUUACAGUUCGACCGGCUGGCUAGCCAGCGAUGCGUUCCGAGGUUGACAGGGCCGCCGGGCAGAAGGAUUUACAG